CACUACUUGGUCGAUGUGGGCAGAGAUACAGAUUCACUGUAACUUGUCUGUGAGGAACAUCCCAAUAUCACUGUGAAAGAGACUGAAGUCAACCACAGAGCCAAAAUGACAGCUGCCACAAGAUUAUUGGACGAGAUGUGCCAUCUCACCAUCCAGUCGUUUACAUCACUGGAGACCUCGGACCACUUCCAGGUGGUCAAGAUGUUAGGGGAGGGGUCGUACGGGAAGGUCAUGUUGGCUGUACAUAGGAAAAGAGGAACUCCAAUGGCCCUGAAGUUCUUUCCUCGUGAUUCCACAAAUCUCUUCUCCUUUUUGCGAGAGUAUAACCUCUCCCUCUCCUUCUGCACCCACCCGUCCCUAACCAAGGCCCUGGGAAUUGCCUUCUCCACCCCCUCACAUUACGUUUUCGCCCAGCAAGCUAGCCUCUUCGGUGAUCUGUACGACGUCAUUGUCCCAGAGGUGGGUUUGGAGGAGGAUUGUGUCCAGAGGGUGGUGUCCCAGCUGAGCAGUGCCCUAACCCACCUCCACUCCCUGGGCUUCGUCCACCGCGACGUCAAGCCCGAGAACAUCUUCCUGGUCGACGCUGCCUGCCGCUGGGUCAAACUGGGCGACUUCGGCAUGGCCAAGGCCACGGGAACCAAGGUACCCGGUGUGUGGUACAGUUCUGCUUACUGUACGCCCGAGGCAGAGAUAGCGAAGGAGUCGGAGGAUAGUAGACAUAAUACUGCUUUAAAACCUGAUGGAGGAAAUGGGUUGGACAACAAGAUCAAGAGGGUGUGGGUGUCGGUUGAGGUCAGUACAGACUGCUGGGCCUUGGGGAUCCUCAUCUACGCCAUGCUGACUGGCAGUCUACCCUGGACGGAGACCGCAUCGGACGACCGCUCGUACAUCAAGUACAAAGAGUGGUUUGACCAGGAGAAAGGUCAAGAUGGUCAGGACGACAAACUAGACCUAUGGGGGGAUGAAAAAGACGAGGACAUCAUGAUGAGUUUGGACGAAGACAAGCAGAAUCUGAACGAGAAGAAAUCCAAUCCGGUCGCCCCCCAGUUUGCCUAUUUCACCCCACUGGCCUGCUCCCUUUUCCAGGCACUUCUUCACCCACAGCCUGGGCUUCGCGGUAGGCCCGACGAUGUACUGGGCUACCUCGGGGGAGACUGGUUGCGGAAGAAGGAGAAGAUACGGUUGGAGGAGGAGAGGGAGAAAAUUAGAGGGAGAGAGGUAAUCAGAAACGAGAAAGAGAGGAAGGGAAGGAUGGAGAGAUAAGGGAGUGGCGACACACGAUCAUAAACUUGCAAAUUCAAAGGUGAAAGAGACAACAUUUUUGACCUCCAGAAAACAAUACAUAUCCUCUGAUGUGUCACAUUGGUGCUUAAAAAGACCUUGUACAGUAUAUAAUACCACUACAGUUGCACUUUUUGUAAGAUAAAUAGCCAUCAAGUCAUUGUUGAUACUGGAUAGCCUUUGGGGAUCGGCACAGUUGCAUUUGGUUACUAUAGGGACUUGUAAGCACUUUAUCAAUUAGCAUGUUGAUGUGUUCAAUCCAGUAAAUUCUACAGCAAGUGUGACUUGAUGAUGUUGUUUGUGUGUUCUAAUGUUUUUUAUAAUAUGUAAAUAUCAUCUGUACGUCAUCCUUUCCUGUGGUUAGAAUUGAGUCUAAUAAAAUGUUGGUUAUGAGUUAACA